GUCAAGCGUCAACAAUACAUGUUCAUAUUAUCUUAUUUCUGUGGCCAUGAAAUUAUGCAGCUGCCCUUCUCAACAUCUUCUUCUUCUCCUUCCCACUUGUUACUUCCUCUUCUCUCUUAAAUCUCAACCAUAACAACAGGCGCAGCAUAAAUGGCCUCUGUAGCUCCAAAGCUGAGCUCAACUUUUCACUCUUACCCACCUUCACAGCUUUCAAAACUACCUCUCAAUCUCCUUCCUUUCAUCUCCACAACUUCAAAAAAGUGCAAGAUUACAAACAAACUAUUCAUUUCAAGCACACCCCAGUUGGGAAACAAGAGUAAGAAAAGCAAUGCACUAGUUGUUUGCCAGGCCACACAAGUGUCUGUGGCAGAGGACUCUGGUGGUGGUGGUGGUGGUGGUGUAAGUGAUGAUGGGAGGAAUUGGAUUCCGGUGGUUCCAUUGGCUGCAUUGCCUAAAGGAGAGAGGAGAGUGAUCAUACAGAAUGAUGAGGAUAUUUUGUUGCUGUGGUAUAAAGAUGAGGUUUUGGCUAUUGAGAAUAGAUCACCUGCUGAGGGUGCUUAUACUGAAGGCCUCCUCAAUGCUAAGCUCACUCAGGAUGGCUGCAUUGUCUGCCCAUCAACAGACAGCACUUUUGAUUUGCGAACUGGAGCUGUGAGGGAUUGGUACCCAAAAAACCCAGUGCUAAGAGCCCUUACACCAAUUUUAAGAACUUUAUACAUAUACCCGGUGAAAACUGAUGGUGAGAACAUUUACAUUAGCAUGGGCGGAGGUGCUAGCUCAGAUGCAUCUGCAGAGAUUGUUUUUAGUGGAAGAGCACAGCCUGGUGCCACAGCUACUAAUGUCAAUGUGGAAGAGGUGAGGAUGGUGGUAGAUGAGGAGGCUGGAGGUUUUGGAUUCACGGAGAGAAAUGAAGUGAUUAACGGGAAGGCUGCUAUAAUUGGCUUACUUUGCCUAAUAGAUUUCGAGCUCUUAACUGGUGAAGGUCUCCUCAAGGGGACAGGAUUCUUGGACUUCAUCUAUUCUGUAUCAAAUGCUCUAAGCUAGAAGCUUCUGUACUUCAUUUGCGCAAGGAAGUGAUAUAUACAUAAAUAUACUUAAGAUAACCGUUUUCUCAUUCUUUUCACAACUGUAAUGUUGUUUUCUCUGAACCAUGUUCAUUCUAGAAUCGGUUUUUAUUAGUAAGUUGUUCGUUUUAUAAAUGUAUCAGAUUUCUUUUUUUUUUCUUCCA